CUGUCUGAUUUCCCCGUUACUGCAUUUGAAGCAAUAGGUUGCUUUUCUCAGUUAGGCACGAAUGCCACGAAACGAGGUACAGAUAAAACUUUGAUUAUCUCAAAAUAUGGAGCAAGUGGUGAUUAUCCUGCUUGUACCGACUUAGCAUAUAAUAAGGCCAUAGAGUANGGUGUGGAUGUUCUUGACUGUCCGGUUCAAAUAUCAAAGGAUGGAACACCAUUUUGCUUAAACUCCAUUGAUCUUAUAGAGAGUACGACAGUUGCCCAAUCAAGCUUUAGCAAAUUUGCCAUGACUAUCCCUCAGAUCAAAUCCGGCAGUGGCAUAUUUGCAUUCAACCUCACGUGGAGUGAUAUAAAAUCUUUGACCCCCUCAAUAUUGACUCCUUUUUCAAAAUACAGAUUGUUCAGGAAUCCAGAAUCUAAGAAUUUAGGGUAUUUGGUGGCGUUAUCAGAUUUCUUGUCCUUGACAAAAAGUCACCCUUCUCUAUCUGGUGUCUCUAUCGCUGUUGAGAAUGCAGCCUAUCUUGCUGAGAAGCAAGGAUUAAAUGUGAUUGAUGCAGUAAUCAAUGCUUUGAGCGAGGCGGGUUAUGAUAAACCCGGAUCCCAAAAGGUUUAUAUCCAAUCCACUGAUAGUUCUGUACUGCUAAAGUUCAAAGAGAAAACUAGUUAUGAGCUCGUGUACAAGAUUGACGAGACUGUCGGUGAUGCUGCUAAUGCAGCUGUUGAGGAUAUAAAGAAAUUUGCUAGUGCUGUGAUUGUCAAGAAGAACUCUGUAUUUUCUGAUAGUAAUCUAUUCCUCACAAGCACUACAAAAACUGUGCCGAAGCUAAACGCUGCCAACCUCUCAGUUUUUGUAGAGACAUUCAGCAAUGAGUUUGUUUCUCAAGCGUGGGAUUUCCUCUCAGAUGCAACUGUUGAGAUAAACUCAUAUCUAAAUGCUAAGGGCCUAAAAAUUGAUGGUAUCAUCACAGACUUCCCUAAAACUGCCGACAGAUACAGAAGGAACAAAUGCUUAAAUUUGGGUGACAAGAGACCUACUUACAUGGACCCUGUUCAACCAGGUGGUCUUUUUUCUCUCAUUACCCCAGACUACUUGCCUCCAGCUCAAGCUCCACUCCCACCCUUGACAGAAUCUGAAGUUGCAGAGCCACCUUUGCCUCCUGUUGCUAAAAUAGCCCAAGUUUCCAGCCCCAGUUCUGGAACCCCAGCACCACAAGGAAAUGCACAGGCUAAGGUUGCUGUCUGCUUCUUCUUUUCCUCUCUGGCUGUGUUCAUAGCUUCCCUUCUUCUGCAUUGAUCAAAAUCAUCUCUAAACUUCCUUCUAAAAGAAAAAAAAAAAAAAAAAGAAGAAUCCACAUUUGCUGGUUUCAACCCCUUAUUUGCACAUCCCUUCUAGGAUUGAGUGGCAUGAAAGCUUUUGGCUUCAGAUUGAGUACAUGAACAAUCCACUAGUUAAAUUCGAAUUUUGUUGUUACCA